AUGUCCGUAUGGAAGAGAGGCACCACCUUUUCUAGCCUAGAGACCAUUGAGAUAGUGUACUGCAGUGACCUCAGGGAGAUAGUGUACUGUGGUGACCUCAGGGAGAUCGUCCCUUUGGGCCCUGAGGAUCAACAACAGGAUAUAAUUCUCGAAUUUCCUAAGCUGAGACGCAUCCACCUGCACGAGCUCCCCACGUUGCACUGCAUCUGUGGGCGCAGGAUGUCCGCGCCUCAACUCGAGACCAUCAAGAUCCGGGGCUGCUGGAGCCUAAGGCGUCUGCCCGUCGUUGGACGCCACACCAAGCCACCUAAGGUGGACUGCGAGAAGGAAUGGUGGGACAGCCUGGAGUGGGACAGGGUGGAGACCCACCAGCCUUCCCGGUACGAGCCGAGGCACUCAAUGUACUACAAGGCCCAGCUGCCCGGAGGCACCGUACUCAGGUGA